AUGGUUUCUUGGUGGUGUAACAGCAGUGGUGGAAGGUCAGAUGAUGUGAUAAGGGUUGUGUUGCCGGUUAUUGCUGCAGAUUGCGAUGGUGGAAGGAGGUUGAAACAAGACUUGAUGGUGGCAGAAAAAUGGGUGGUCGGAGGUGAUGAUGGUUCUGGUAAUCUCGGUGAAACCGGUGGUGGUUUAGUGGCUGAUGCAAAGUGGUCAAAAUUUUCUAAUGUCCCGCCUGAUAUAAUUUCCCUCCCAUCCUCCGAUUUCUCUGAUCUCCCUCCACCCUAUUUGGAUUCCACUGUGGUUUCCAGAAUCGAUCAACGCCAUCCCCACUGCUUUCGACUCAUCUUCACCAUAUCUCAUGUCGCCCCUUUGCCUUCUCCUAGUCUCUCAUCGUACAUCGCGAUCAUCGAUUCAGAUUCAGAUUCCACCACCAGUCUAUUUCAACGCCACUGCUCCACCAAAUCUAAACCUCGUUGGAAACCCUUACCGGUUCACCUCAUCACCGCCGCCACCGAUUUAGAAAGACGAAGCUCGCUGGAAACCCUCACCAUCGUUGUCAACCUUGCGGGUUACACGGUCAUCCACCAUCAUCAUCCAGGAUCCGUAUCCGAUCACCCACCGCUGUCAGCCACCAUUGUAAAUCUACCGUCGUCAAUCAGCUGCCAUCCUCAGCUUUGCUUUUGUAAGGAAAGCAUAAUGCUUUUGGAAGUUGGAACUUGGAAGAUAUAGUAAGCUUGCUGAAGUUUAAGAGUCAGGUGUUUGGAAAUUGUAUGUAGUUCAUGCGACACAUUCUUGCUUGUUGUUGGCUUGUUGCUUUCAGGUAAACGAGUUGUGACAACAAGUGUCAAACAUGCAACACGCCAUGGAACAAAUGUAAAGUCAAAUGUAUUUGCAAAUGGAACAAAAGUGAAAUGAAAUGGAAUUGCAAAUGCAACUACAAUUGGCGGUCUUUUAUGAGAAAAUUCAACCCGUCCGGUAGUCCACUAAGUAAUUCUUAGUUUUUGUUUUAAAACACUUAAUGAAUGUUAUGUUAUUGAUUAGUUCUUAGUUUUUUCAUGACAUUGUAAUGGUAUUUUGAGUAUUUGAAUGUAUGAAUGUUAUGUUAUUGACCAUUUUAAUGUUAAUGAAUAUAAUAGU